UUUAACCCAGAAAAUAUAACAAAUAAAGCUGGUUUUAAAUUCUUGAUGCACAAAUUUAAACACUUUGACUUUUUUUUCAUGGGAAGAAGAACAAGGAACAUAUUGCUAACAUUGACGCUAUAUGCAACUCUACUCUUUACCACCUCCAAUGCCCAAGACAAGACUCCCUUAUUCGUGUUCGGCGAUUCGCUCUAUGAUGGCGGUAUGACCUUGUACAACGGUGUCGAGGGAGCCGGUGCCGAGUUUUGGCCUUAUGGUAUGACUUAUUUCAAGAGACCUGCUGGGAGGUAUAGUGAUGGUCGUGUAAUCCCAGAUUUCUUAGCUCAAUAUGUGGGUUUGCCAUUUUUGCGGCCAUAUUUGCAACCAGGGCUUGAGGACUUUACCCAAGGAAUUAAUUUUGCAUCUGCAAGUGCUUGUGUGCUGGUUGAAACUCGUCCAGGAACGAUAAAUUUGGCGAGGCAAAUGUACUAUUUCAACCAGAUGUUUCAUAGAUUGAAACUGCAAGUUGGAGAAUUUGAGGCCAAUAAGAUAAUAUCCAAAGCAGUUUACUUGUUUAACAUUGGAGGAAAUGACUUAUUUAGCCUUUUCGAGACAAAUAGGGGAGGAUUCCCUCUCUCCCCUUUUUUGAAGGGAGACUACGUGAACCAGAUACUUGGUAACCUUACCAAUCACAUUUACACAAUCUAUAGCCAAGGAGGAAGGAAGUUUGCGUUCCAAAACGUAGGACCUAUUGGGUGCAUGCCAUCAAUGAAGUCUAUGCUACACUAUGAUGGAAGUUGUCUCGAGGAGCCAUUAGAGCUAGCCAGGAUGUACAACGCUGAAUUCGCUGCACUAGCUAAUCGAUUGCAAUACCGGUUACCAGGGUUCAAGUACACAAUAUACGACUUUCACACCUCCUUACACAUCCGUGUCUUAAAUGGCAAUAGAUUUGGAUUCAAGGAGAGUGAAACAGCAUGUUGUGGAAGUGGACCCUUCAACGGCGGCUUCACUUGCCAGAAGGAAGGGCAUAGCUUCUCAAUUUGUAGCAAUCCAGCCGACUAUUUAUGGUUCGAUGCAGGGCAUACUACCGAUAGAGCUAACGAGCAAUUCGCGAGUGAAUUUUGGUUGGGAGGACCCAACGUCGUUGCUCCUUGUAACUUGCAGACUUUCUUGGCCAUGAGUUGAUUAAACCUCCUCACAUAGCUCGUUGCAACUGAUCAAGCAAAGGUCCACUUGCUCUUUUAAACCUCCUACUAUGUAGUCCCUUCAUUCGGUUAUUAGAGUCAAAUACAAAUAUAUUUUGCAAGUUUAGAAAAAAAGAAAUUUACAUUAUGCAAAGCACUAGUAUUAGUAGUAUUAGGGCAAGUAAUAGAAUAGUCGUUCAGGUGAACAUGUAGUCAUGUACAAUUGUGUCAUAUUCUUAGUCACGAGGUUUGAACCGUGAAAAAAUAUAUUCUUAAUCUACAUAUGUUAAGGGUAAUGUAACUAUUAGUUUUAGGCAGAAAUUUCGAAAGUAUACUAUUUUUUACAAAAAUUAUUUUUGUGUGUAGUUUUGAGCUGAAAAAAGAUUUAGCAGCACUAAAUUCUUGAACCAGUAAUUGAUCAUGAAGACUGGAUGGUGGGCCUCGGCAGUAUAAGAAUGGGAAAACAGAUUGGGCCAGUGGAUGUUGUACUGCAGCCCGAUGAUAUAAGCGGUCCAACCAAAAAAUGGGCUUCUGGCCCAAUAGGAUCGACAGCAUGUGAAGUACAGCAAAUGUUUAGCCCUUUUUUUUCAAUUUUAAUACAAUAACAAAGCCUUAGUCCCAAAAUUAUUUUAAUAUUUUUUUUUCAAAUUUUUUUAAUAUGAAAUGUUAAACUAUAUUCCACUAUAAAUUCAAAGCAUCUACAAAGCUAUACAAUUGCAGUGUGCUAUGUUUGAUUUAAUUUGACUUAUUUUAGACGGCAUAAGUUCAUAAACUUUAAUACGUGAAA